CUUCAAGGACGCGCGCGAACACUGACAGCCGCUACUUCGCCGCUACUCGCUCGAAAAUGUUUGUUAAUUGACUACAGCUAUGCUCCUCUCACAUCCUACGCUUGACCACGACGACUGCUUGAACGCACCGGUCCAUCUAUCUGCAAAGUAUUACAGUGGGUGGGCGGCUAGUACGCGAUGUCCGAGUCAAGCCACAGGCGCGGCCGGUACCGCACUGCAGUGCUCAAGCUUCACCCUCUCAUGUCCACAGCCGCCCCCUGAUCUCAUAUCUAGCAGAGGAACCGCUUCGAUAUCAGUGGCAUCCCUCGCACCUUCAAGCGAAUCAUGGAGUCCAGCCCAUCCGCGGAUACAUUCGAUGCCUUGCGCAUCCUCGCGGAAGGUCGAGCGUGGUCUGAACGCAAUGAAACGGCUCUACUAGAACCCUUCACGCAUAUCAACUCGGUCCCUGGCAAGGAUAUCCGAGGACUCAUGCUCGCGGCUUUCAACAACUGGCUACAAGUGCCCGCAGACAAGCUGAGCACAAUCACGAAGGUCGUUGGUAUGCUUCACACUGCUAGCUUGCUUAUCGAUGAUAUCGAAGACGACGCGCAACUCAGGAGAGGUGUACCUGCUUCGCAUAAGAUUUACGGCAUCCCGCAGACGAUCAAUUCUGCAAACUACGUGUACUUCCUCGCAUACCAGGAGCUGUUCAGCCUGCGAUCUGGCGUUGGUAUGCCGGACAACCCCGAUGGUCCAAAUGACCGACUCAUACCAUUCAUCGAGUUGGAUCGCAUUGUGACAGCUGAACUGUUAGCCCUCCAUCGCGGCCAGGGACUUGAACUAUUAUGGCGCGACUCUCUACAAUGCCCGACAGAAGAGGAGUACGUCAGAAUGGUGAACCAGAAAACCGGUGGCUUGUUCCGGGUUGCUGUCAAGCUCAUGAUGGCAUGUGCGACAACGAACGCCAACAUUGACUACGUUCCCCUGGUUGAUCUGUUCGGCGUGUUCUAUCAGAUACGCGAUGACUACAUGAACCUGCAGAGUUCCACAUACGCAGACAACAAGGGUUUCGCGGAAGAUCUCACGGAGGGCAAGUUCUCCUUCCCGAUAGUCCACGCUGUCCGCGCGGACACCUCAAAUCGCCAAGUCCUGAACGUACUCCAGAAACGGCCGACGACGCCUACACUCAAACGGCAUACGGUCAACUACCUUCGGAAUCACACAAAAUCGUUUGACUACACUGUCCGGGUGCUGCGUUCUCUGGAAAACCAAAUUAGAGAAGAGAUAGCGCGGUUGGGUGGAAAUGGCGGACUCGAGCGAAUCAUGGACGCGCUUCACGUUGAUGAGCCGGCAUGAGCCGUCUGUUGUUGUCUACUGAAUGGCACUGUCGGUAUGUUAUGUGCUUAUUGUUGUGUGAUACCCUGGCGACCGUCUACCCAUAA